AUGUCGAGCCGGAAUGACGCGCCGACGAUGGCGACCGACUCGUCGUCGAUCUCGCCUGAGGAGCGACCGCGAUCACACCGGCAUCAACGCCACCGACACCACCAACGCAGGUCUCGUCAUGGGCGUAGCGGCGGCGGUGGCGGCGCGAACAGAAACGGUGGCCGCCAUGACAAUGCGCAUGAUGACGACGAUGACAACUCCGACAGCACGUGGGCUGGCGCUGAGGAAGAUUCUCUGUCGUUCGCGGAGGCUAUCGUUAGCGCCAUGGAUGCGCAGCCAGUUGUGCCGCCGGAGCUUCUCCGAAAUUUACAGGAGCCACCGUUCAUAUGGAAUCGACACCCCAGUCACCGCAUCGUCCUGUGCCUCCUGCAGCACCGCGGCAUCUACCUCCCACGUUAUCGCGAGCUGGUGGAUUACCACAUGGCGGAGCUGUUCCUGCACUACCUCGAUCUUUGCCGCGAAGGGGCCUUCUUCAUCCACUACUCCGCCGGCAAGUGGCCGAAAGAGCGUUUUUUCCGCAUUCGCAUGCUGCCGGUAAAUCGCCUAGAGGCGCAAACGGAGUCGGUGCCGCACUUGGUCAUCACCCUCCACGAAAGCGGUGUUGACAUUCUCGACGCUAUUCCGCUCAAUGAGCUCGUCGGCGUCACGACCACGCCGCAGACCGCGCGCUUCCUGCCAUUUCUUGAGUCGCCGAGGACGAUCAUCGGCUGCCGUGAGGGCCGCGGCCACCGCGCCCGCUUGCCUGCGGACGGCGCCUUCAGUCUCUGGUUCUACGACGUGGCGCAGCACAAGCCUCGCAGCGUGGACAUCUUGACGUGCGAUCCGAAGGUGUUCGACAUCUGGACAAAGACCUUCCAAGGACUGGUGAGUGUGAACAGCUCCUCUGUUGUACAGGUGGCAUUGACGCCGCAGGGGGAGUCCGUAGAGUUGACAGAGCUGACGCGGGCGGCUCAACAGCAGGGAGAGGUCGCGCACGGCGAGAAGUUUGGGGGGUUGUCCUCAUCGUAG